GUUAUUUUCUCUCUUGCUUUAGGUUUCUGCUGAGUAGGAAUGAUUGUGCCAUGGUAUUUACUGGUUGAUUGAAAUACACUAUCAGUGUAUAGACAGUUUCUAUUUCGCAAUAAUACUAAUCUCUUAUAUUGAUGAAAGACAUUUACCACAAACAAUGGUCCAGAGACCAAUAUCAAAUAGAGGCCAAGCAGUAGCAGCUAAUGUAUUUAUUUAUCCUUUGAUGAGCAGUGAUCUGAAUAACAGAUAGGCUUGUUACCAUAUAGACUCUAUUUUUACAUAGAUAAUGCAAUAAUCCAUUUAAUCAUCACUGAUAUGUCUGCUUUGGUUUUCGACAUGAGACAACACAUAGUUAUCCCAUAGUACAGAUAGCUUUAAAACUCACACCAAUUUAUGUAAACUAGUAGAACUGUAAAAGAGUCAUACAAAUUAGAAAGAAACAAAGACUUAGAAAUAUAUUCGAGAUCUAUAACCCACAUGUGACAGAAAGUGUUAGCAAAGAUGGCAGAUAAAUUAAGAUAGUUCAAUCAGGCCGUUUACCCUUGAAAAAAUGACUUUUCUUGUUGAAAAGUGAUAUCCCAAGUAUUAAUACAGUAAAGUACACACACUAAAGGGUAAUUAUUAUUAUUAUUAUUGUUUCUUCUGUAAAAUAGUGUUUUUAGACACAAUUGCAAACUUCAAGGAGUAGGGCAUUCAAGGCUUUGGUUUGAUGGUAAAUCGUAAUGUCAUAGGCCUCCCUUUGCUUGAAGAACAAUAUAAUGUUUCUUCAGAGAAAAUAUAUUUGUAGUGAUGAUGAUUUGUAGUUUUUGUAGUGGUUUUUGUAGUGGUGAUGUUUUUUUGUUAUUGUAUUGGAAUUUGAAGUGUAAUAAAAUAAAAAUGAUAAUAAUAAUAAAGAGGCGAAGCGAGGGACAACUGGGCCAAAAAUCUAUCUUCUCCCCAAAAAUGAAAACAAAAGAGGGGAAAUAUAGAACAAAAGAGGGAAGGCCCACCCCCACACUUGUGCUAUUUCAUGAUUUACAAGCAUUUCUCUACACCCGCAAUAACAUCUGCUAAACACGUGUAUGUGACCAAUACAAUUUGAUUUGAAUUUAUCUGGACCAGCGAUUGAGAUGUGCCUUUUGAUAAGUAGAUCAGAUGUUAAAUUAGUUGAAAAUAAGACUGGCGUGCCACCUAUACAGUGCCACCCAGUGGAGACAGUACCACAUGUGACAUUACACAGAGGUUUCAAACGGAAGUGUGUUGUACCGAAAAUGUGGCGCGAGACAUAGCCAAUGUUGUGUGUACAUACACGUUUUUUUUUUAAAGUAAAAACUUAAUCUAAAACAGUUCCAUCCACUGCAUUUAUUAUACAAUUUGGGAACUACGUUGUUUUAUGAGACGGGCGGCAUAGGAACCGGCGUUCAUCAAGGCAAAUAUGCCCCGUAGACGACAGAGUGUGCAUUUGGGGAGCGGCUCUGAUGGGACUGAAGAUUCAGACUCUUCUGCAGAGAGAGAACAGACAAACAGCUCAGAGAGUGAUGGAAACAUGCCCAAGAGAACACGCCUCACAAGAGCAUCUCUACGCCUCAGCCAAAGCUCACAAGACACACCAGAUGUGAAGCGAGUCGGCGACCAUGACGAGUCUCCCCCAUUGACGCCCACAGGCAACGCCCCAUCAUCUGAGUCUGAGCUGGACAUCUCCAGCCCCAACGCCUCCCAUGAUGAGAGUGUGGCCAAAGACCCCGCCCUCAGAGACUCAGACAAGGACCUCUCCCACCGGCCCAAGCGCCGCCGCUGCCAUGAGACCUACAAUUUUAAUAUGAAGUGUCCCACACCGGGAUGCAACUCACUGGGACAUCUUACAGGGAAACAUGAACGCCAUUUUGCGGUUUCAGGAUGCCCUCUUUACCAUAACCUCUCAGCUGACGAUUGCAAGGUGAAAGCAACCACUCGUGAGAAACACGAAGAAGAAUCAAAGGUGCAGGAGGAAAGUAACAGACACGCCACACGACAUCAGAUGCCCACAUCAAAACAGACAAGAUACAAAGAGCAGGUGACGGAGAUGAGAAAGGGGAGGAACUCUGGGCUUCCCAAGGAGCAGAAGGAGAAAUACAUGGAGCAUCGACAGAGCCACGGCAACACCAGAGAACCUCUUCUGGAGAACAUCACUAGUGAAUAUGACCUGGAGCUUUUCAGAAAAGCCCAGGCACGCGCAUCUGAAGAUCUGAAAACGCCACAGGAGAAGCUGCGGAUCCAGGGACAGAUCACGGAGGGCAGCAACAUGAUCAAGACUAUCCUGUUUGGACGCUACGAGCUGGACACAUGGUACCACUCGCCCUACCCCGAGGAGUACGCCCGCCUGGGACGUCUCUACGUCUGCGAGUUCUGCCUCAAGUACAUGAAGAGCCAGACCAUUCUGAGACGACACAUGGCCAAGUGUGUGUGGAAGCAUCCGCCCGGAGAUGAGGUCUACAGGAAGGGCGCCAUCUCUGUCUUUGAGGUGGACGGCAAGAAGAACAAGAUCUACUGCCAGAACCUGUGUCUACUCGCCAAGCUCUUCCUGGAUCACAAGACGCUGUACUACGACGUGGAACCCUUUCUGUUCUACGUUAUGACUGAGGCAGACAACACAGGCUGCCAUCUUGUGGGAUACUUCUCUAAGGAGAAGAACUCUUUCCUCAACUACAAUGUCUCCUGCAUCCUGACAAUGCCUCAGUACAUGAGGCAGGGCUUUGGGAAGAUGCUGAUUGACUUCAGCUACCUGCUGUCCAAGGUGGAGGAGAAGGUGGGCUCCCCAGAGCGGCCCCUCUCGGACCUGGGCCUCAUCAGCUACCGUAGCUACUGGAAAGAGGUGCUGCUGCGUUACAUGUACAACUUCCAGGGCAAGGAGAUCUCCAUCAAAGAGAUCAGCCAGGAGACCGCGGUGAACCCAGUGGACAUUGUCAGCACCCUGCAGUCACUGCAGAUGCUUAAGUACUGGAAGGGAAAGCACCUCGUCUUGAAGAGACAGGACCUGAUCGAUGAGUGGAAAGCCAAGGAGACCAAAAGAGGCAGCAACAACAAAACCAUCGACCCCAGCUCGCUUAAAUGGACCCCACCCAAAGGGACAUAGGCUAUAGGCUCACACGUGAGCCACUUAAUAAACUUGACUUUCUUCUACCACACCUGCCGGGAUAGGAGUCCUAUCAAUACCACAGUGAUCUUUCUUCUACCACACCUGCCGGGAUAGGAGUCCUAUCAAUACCACAGUGAUCUUUCUUCUACCACACCUGCCGGGAUAGGAGUCCUAUCAAUACCACAGUGAUCUUUCUUCUACCACACCUGCCGGGAUAGGAGUCCUAUCAAUACCACAGUGAUCUUUCUUCUACCACACCUGCCGGGAUAGGAGUCCUGUCAAUACCACAGUGAUCUUCUAUCCCUAAACCCAUCCUGUAGCUGCCCCUUACUUGUUCUUUUGUGUCUGGAGGAACUCCCUUCCCUUUUUACAUUUCGACCUGUAUUUAUAUUUUAGUAAUAUGUCACCAUGUCACCAUUCAAUCAAUUCUUGGCUGAAAUAUUGUUAAACAAUGAAGGUUACAGAAUUUGAGUUGAUGACUUGUUUUAAAAGAUCCACUUAAAGAUGAGCUAUGAAUGUAGAUACAUCUUGUCUGAGCUCUGACACUAGUGGAUCACAUGAGUGUUUUUGCUUCUUUGUCCACAAAAAAAUAUGUAGCUCUGACCGGCUGCAGCGUUCCUGGCUAUUUUAUUUCAUUCAACACAGUUGCGGUUGUUUGCGGAGACGAGUACAUUUUUUGGGAUAAAAUAUACAAUAAUCAUCAGCAUGAACUUUGAUACCUUUAGAUAUAGCAUUUUGUUUCUUACAAGUAUGAGAUACAGUUUCGUUUUGUAUGGUAGUCCUUUUUGAGUCGAUAUCAAAAUUGUAUAGGUCAUGAAAACAACAUUUUUUUUCUAGCUUUAGUAAUAUUGGAGUUGGUCCCAUUCCUCUUGUGAAUCUGCCAAAUGAAGAAAUAAAAAUAUUACAUACAAGU